AUUGUUUUGCCCGUUGCCACGACACCGCCGGAGUUCCAACACAAGUCAUCAAAUGGGUCAGUGGAGCUGCCGGGGCCAGGUGUAUCGACCGGACAGUCUGCUGCCUCGCUCGCUCGAUGACCGAGUGCCGUGACUCUUAGACGCCGUCGUUCCUGCCCGCGAGAGGAUAGCGCGAGAAGAUGGGCAGCGAGGAGCUGGUGAGCCUGACGGCCAACCUCGGCCGGUCGUGCUACGAGUCGCAGGCCGUGUUCGACGUGGGGCGCAAGAUCGGCCAGGGCCAGUUCAGCGUGGUGCACCGCGCGCGCUGCCGCCUCGACGGCUCCGAGGUGGCGCUGAAGAAGGUGCAGAUCUUCGAGAUGAUGGACGCCCGCGCGCGGCUCGACUGCAUGAAGGAGAUCAACCUGCUGCAGCAACUGGACCAUCCCAACGUGAUAAAGUACCUGGCAUCGUUCAUCGAAGGCUCCGAGCUGAACAUUGUACUGGAGAUCGCAGAUGCCGGAGACUUGUCCAGGAUGAUCAAGCAUUUCCGGAAACAAAGACGCCUCAUCCCAGAACGAACGAUUUGGAAAUACUUCGUGCAGCUGUGCAGCGCUGUGGAAUAUGUUCACUCCAAGCGAAUAAUGCACAGAGACAUAAAGCCAGCGAACGUGUUCAUCACGGCCCAGGGCGUGGUGAAGCUGGGCGACCUCGGGCUGGGCCGCUUCUUCAGCUCCAAGACGGUGGCGGCACACUCUCUGGUGGGCACGCCGUACUACAUGAGCCCCGAGCGCAUCCACGAGCACGGCUACAACUUCAAGAGCGACGUUUGGUCGCUGGGCUGCUUGCUGUACGAAAUGGCAGCUUUGCAGUCUCCCUUUUACGGAGAUAAGAUGAACUUGUACACUUUAUGCAAGAAGAUUGAAGAGUGUGACUACCCUCCUCUGCCAUCAGAUAUUUACUCCCAAGAGCUGCGCACCUUGAUCGACAUGUGCAUUCGAGCGGACCCUGACCAGAGACCGGAUGCGGCGUGCGUGCACGGCGUGGCACGGCAGAUGAACAGCUGCUACCAGAUGACGGGCAGCAAUGUGUCCAUGUCUCGCCAGCACCACGCGGCCGUGUUCCCUGGCGCGGGCCAUCCCACACAGCACUCGGUCAGCGACUAGCCACAGAUUCUACAAAGGUAAUAGCAUGGCAGACAUCAUUCGCAGAAAUGGCCGAUAUGGUUUUUGCAGCACUUCAUUACAACACCAUAAUUAUUUUUGAAUGCAUACAACUUCCUCACCAUACACAUCUAUAUACUAUCUGUUUUUAUUCAUAUUUUAAAUCUUUGUGUAUACAAAACAAUAUUUGUUUUUAGUUGUGAGAAAAAUUUAUCCACAAUAAUUUGUAAGUAUUAAUUUAAUUGUACCUCAUUUCUAUUCAGGUUAAGAGGACAUUGCUAACAGAAAUAUUUGAAACUAAAAUUAAUUAGUAAUAUUCUAAAUUGUUUCACCAUAUGAAUGUUAUUACAGUGUGCCUUAUAAUACAGUAUUUUUUUAAUUCAUGCUCGAUGUUUAAACUUCCUUCAUGUGAACUACUGUAUGUUCCUAAAAAACUGUUUAUUUUAAUAAAAUCUAUUAGUGGAAAAAUUAUUUCUUCUUCUUCAUAAAUGUGCACUAAAGGUUUUCAUUUUCUUACUUGAUUGUAACUGGAAGGAAUGUGUAAUAUUCCAGUUCCAAUGAAUGAGCUAGUACAAUUUCUACCCAUUAUAGAAAUUAUAUACAUAUAUGUAAUCGGCUAGGUUUCCACAUAAUACAUCUUCCUGGCUAUUGAAAAUACAUGAUGCAACUGAAAAACAGCUACAAACUAUAGCUAUAGCAUAGGUUAUUUUUAUAAGUCAUAAUACACAACACACAGUCCCAACAUGCUUAACGAAUACGUGAAACUGAUGGAAGAGCUUAAAACAUAACUAGUUUUAAGUGAAAAAUAUUUAAUAUGGAAAAAUAAUUAAACAGUAACUGGAACUUAAUACAUGCAGUCAUACAUUUGACUACCCAUCCAUUGAAAUUUUACUUCCUAAAGGUUUCACAACUUUAAAGAAGACAAUUCACAUACAUUAUUAAUGUGCCUGCUCCACAUAAACAGGAAAUUAUUAAGAAAGUUAGUGGAAGAAAUUGAUGUGUUCCAACCCUUCUGGCAUGUACUCAAGACUUGAUUCAUCUUUGUGGGAUGUGUUGUAACCUUUCCCAUAACCUGUAACAUAUAUUUAAAUGUGAUAAUGAAGCACAGGAACCUAGAACAAUUGUAGACAGCUGUUAAAAAAAAAACUUUUGCAUGUAACUAGCUAUGUUUCCUAAUUAAAAUCUU